AUGAAUCUUCUUAGAAUUAACAAGUACAGUAAUCUAUGUACACCAAUUUCCCAUUCACUCAAAGUUAAUCAAUUGAUUCUUCCAGCACAAAUUAUUACUCGGUCAUAUGUAAUUGGAAACAAGAGUCAACAGACUUUUACUUCAUCUUUCCAAAUAGCAAAAAAGUUCCAGUUACUCAAAUAUUCAACAACAACAUCUCCUCCCCCUCCUCCUCCCCCACUGCAUGAUAAAAACUAUAAAGGUAAAAUAAUUUUAAACAGGAUCUCUAGAGCAUUCACAUUUUCCUUGUCCGUUGCUCUUGUCAUUGCCGCAUCUGGUAUUGCCUUGCUUGUGUUAUACUUAAUCAUCACAGAACUAUUUUUCCCUACGGGAGAUACCACAACCUUCAACAAGGCAGUCAAUUUGAUCCAGAAAAACACAGAGGCGCAAAAAGUGUUGAACUUCCCAGCGGGAGAAAGAUUGAAAGCUUAUGGUUUCGUGGCUGCUGACAAAUGGGUUCGUAACAGGCCUGUGCAAAGUGUAAAGAGAAAAGGUGACGAUGGUAAAGACCAUUUGUACAUGAAAUUUAAGGUUGAAACUUCAACUGGAAAUUAUGGUGUAGUUACAUUGGAACAAAUUGACAAUUCAUUAUGGAGUACAAAGUUUAAAUACAUUGCAUUGGAUGUACCUGGACGCAAAACAGUCUACAUUAUUGCGCCACCAAGGCCUAAGAUAGCGCCUUCAAUUGGUAAGGGAACAGGAUUUCUAGGGUUAAAUUGGGGUCCAAAAAAGGAUUAA